GAGUGAUUCUUUCAGACGAUACAAAGCAGUGUGCUGGAGGGCUCGUCUGGGAGAGUUUUUAUAGGACCUUCAGGGUAAAGACACACGUUAAAUACAGAAGACCUUGUUCUGACCAAAACAAAGUUGCUUCCCAACAGCAAAAGGCAUUAGCACACUUUUCAUUGAGAAGACGCUGAUUCUGCAGACACAGUCAUGAAUGCUACCAAAGUCAUGCCAGUGGACUUGGCCAUGUAUAUGUGCCUGAGUCGCCAUCCUCCAGUCAGACAACUUUUGGUAAUGUCCACACUUGGUUCCCAGCGUGCUCUUACUACAUGUCAUCCUGCAUGUGAUUCAAAGUGGCCCAAACCAGUGAAAUGCCCCCGAAAUCCUGUGUGCCCAGCAAGCGACCUAAUAAACCCUGAUGGGACAUUCAAGAAGAAAAAACAAGUUGUAUUCGCAGAUGAUAAAGGAUUGGCCCUUACUGCAGUGCGGAUCUUCAAAUCAAAUCCCCCGGUACCUGAUGAGAAGGAGCUAACCUCAUUUGUCAAGAUAAAGACUGAGUCAUCUGUGCAAAGCAAGAAGCCACGUCUCCGGUUGGGUUUCCCUCAGCCUUCUGCUGAUUUACCAUCAUACCUUGAAAGUUUGGCAAAAUCUCAGGUGCAUUUGGAGAGCUGCACCUUGACCAACGGAUCGCUACUGGGAAAAGUGAGGGUCUGCAACAUCAGUCCAGAGAAAGCUGUGCAUGUCCACAUCACGUACGACUCAUGGAGGAGCCACCAGGACUUCCAGUGUACCCCAGUCCAACAAAAGAAUGGGAAUGCAGAGACAGAAGUGUUUGUCUUUAACAUUCCUUUCCCUCCCUGUCCUAGUGUACAGGAUCGUGUGGAGUUCUGCGUGUCCUUCCAUCCUGGAUCUGGCAACAUGAUUUUGUGGGACAACAAUGGUAGACAAAACUAUCGAAUCCUUGUGGAGGAAGUGUACUCAGUUGAGAAAAAACCCUUGAGGCCCCAGAACUCUCAAAGCCUCCAAUUAUUGCCCCUGAGAACUGGUCCAGCUUUGUAUAAAAGUCUUAAUUCACUCACUUUCUCUGAGACUACGAACAAAACCUUGAGUAGGCAAGAGAACCAUAUUCUAAAAACUACUUUUCACCCUAAUUUUAACAGUGCUAACAAAUUAAACUAGCAUGAACGGUGGGGGGGUUGUAUUUCGGUCCCUUCUAAUUUUCAUCCUCAUCAUCUGUGUUUGAUGAAUUUUGCUUAAAUCAGCAUGAAGAGGGAGAAAAGACAGGCGGACAGCCAUGUUUGUGUUCUUUCUCUCCGUUCCAACUUGCCCAUGUGAGUCAGUGGUGAGAUAGCGAGACAGAUUUGUAUGUCUUGAGCACUGUGCACAUGUAUAUCAGAUGAGUAUUUGUUAUGAAGUGCAUUAGCAAACAAUUUCAAGCUGUAAGCGUCUUUCACUUCCUGUAAGGUAGCUGUACAGAGACAGAUCAUUAAUGUAGCUGCAGCUAUGAAAUGACUCAUGUAAUAUAUGUAAUAUAACUUUGAAAGUUUUAUGUAUAUGUAUGUUCACUGAUUUAAAAAAAAAGUUGAAAAUGUUAAAUAAACACAUAUUCAGAUACCAA